AUGGAUGAGAGGAUGAUAGAGGCUGCCCAAACAGGAGAUAUUAACCUCUUGUAUGUGUUGAUUCUGAAUGAUCCAUACGUUUUAGAGCGUAUUGAUGCUGUGCCUUUUUCUCAUACUCCAUUGCAUGUAGCAGCCUCUGCUGGGCAUACUGAGUUUAUGAUGGAGAUGGUCAAAUUAAAGCCAACGUUUGCAAGAAAGCUAAACCAAGGUGGGUUUAGCCCCAUGCACUUGGCUCUGCAAAAUCACAGAACUCAAGCAGUGCUUCGACUCCUCAGGUUUGAUGAAGGCCUUGUUCGUGUCAAAGGGAGGGAGGACUUCACUCCUCUGCACCAUGUGCUUCAAACUGGAAAUGUCGAUCUUUUGAUCAAGUUACUUGCGGUUUGUCCUGAGGCUAUUGAAGAUGUGACUGUUCGAGAUGAGACGGUAUUCCAUCUUGCUGUGAAAAACGACAUGUUUGAAGCUUUCCAAGUCUUGGUAGGUUGGCUUAUAAGAAGCCGCCAUGAGUCUGCCCAACGUUGGGAGAAUGAACUACUGGGUUGGGCAGACAUUGACGGCAACACUGUGCUACACAUUGCAGCUAUCAGAAACAAACCUCGGGUAGAUGCUAAUUUUCCUAAUCAAGUUUGUUAUUGA